AUGCGUUUCUUCGCUACUAUUUUGGCUACCCUCGCCGUGGGCGCCGUCGCCUCUAACGCCGUUGCCGAUGAGGAAUACAGCACCGUCGUGGUCACCGAGUACAGCACCUACUGCCCCAAGGCCACCUCCGUUCCUGAGGCUUCCUCCAGCGCUGUUCCCUCCAUCACCGUCUCCAACGGCGUGACCUACUCCAUCUCCCGGCCCCUGAUCACCUCUACCAUCACCAAGUGCAACAAGUGCCCCUCCUCCACCCCCAUCAUCCACACCCCCACCCCCUCCAGCAGCUCCAUCGUCGUCGUCCCGACUUCCAAGCCUGUCAUCCCCUCCGGUGCAGGCCCCAAGACCACCAGCACCCCCGCCGCCAGCACCCCCGUCACUCCCCUGGCGACUGGUGCCGCCUCGCGCGCUGCCGUCGGUGCCGGCGCGGGUCUGGCCGGUGUUUUUGCCCUGGCUGCUUACCUGCUGUAG